AAUUUCAGUAUUUCAGCAUAAGGUCACAAAUCCAGCCAAUUUAUUCACAAGGGAGUUACAGUAUAGAGGAAACAUAAAAAAUUCUAGCUUCCUAAUUUUACAUUCAUUUCUCCUUAUUGUUCUCAUGUUAGCAGAAUUCAGUUUGUUUCACAAACAUUUAAGACAAAUACAAUUAUGAAUAUUCAUAUUGAUAUGCAUAAAUGCAUAAGUCAAUUUAUUACAGUAACAGUCAAGCUAAAAAAGUGUAACUGUAAACUGCCCUGAGAGCACACUUAAAAAAAAAAGAUGCUUCAAAAGGUUAUUCAAAGCAAUGCCAAAGAAGAACACUUAUGUCCCUAAAACCAAUUUCGGUCAAAGAUUCUUAAAAGAACCAUUCUUUCUUAUAUCUUUAUAUAGUCAUAAUGUUUCUUUAAGGAACCAUACAGCCCAAAAAAUUCUUCUAUGGCAUUGUGUCAAAAUUGUGUGCCAAAUGUACAGUAUACUGACCAUGUAUUUAAUUCACACCUAACACACACAGCAAAACCUUUAACUUAAAGAAAUGUUAAUAUGAUUUGAUGUGAGUAGUGUACUUUUGUAAAGUUGAGCAUGUUUUCUAAGUGCCAUGGAAAGGGACCAAAUAGGUUUUUAAAGGAGAGGAUUAUCUAUUGAAAAAAAUCACAACUACUGUAUCUGCACGUUAUACUAAAAAUUCCAAUGAACUGAAGAGGUCUUCGAAAUUAUAGAAGCAAUUUCAAUGACCAAUUUGAUGAGAAAACAUUGAUCAAAUGUUCGAAAAAUUUCAAAAUGAUUUCAAACAUUUCUCAUCAAAUUUACCCAAAUCCAGAAUAGUUUACCUCUACAAUCACGAUUCAUUUUACGUCUCUAUACACUUAAUGCAUUUUAAAAAUUGUCUCAUUUGGUUCCUUUUUUAUUUCUCUCAAGAAUAGCCUGCUGAUAUUUAAAUGAAACACAAGAAUUCUACCAAGUCAACAAGGAAAAAAAGCAUAAACUUUCCUCUGGGAAGUCAAAAUUCACAGAUGAGCCAACUCCAGUUGUAAAAGUGAACCACCUCCUGAAGGCUCAGAUGAACUUCUUCAAUCUGAUCUUAUUUCCUCAUGUCAGCAGAAACGAGUGACUAGUUAAAAUCUCUGACACACAAAGUUCUUUAUUCUCGAGGCGAGAGGACCUUUCCGAUCGCAGACAUGAGUCAGUCCAAUUUAUUCAUUGUGAUGUCUAUCAUUGCUGUAAUUUCAUCACAGCCUGUAAGAGGAAAAGAAUGUGUGUGCGAGUUACAAAAUUCUGAGUCUGCUUUUCCCGAGAGCAAACUCAGGAGAGUAGAAAUCACUGCGGUGGAAUGUAUAAGAAACAUCAGUUCAGAAAAGAGGACAGAGGUGGACAGGCUUGUGCUGGGUCUCCAACACCGUCUCCAACAACUGAAUGAGAACGUGUCCAUGCUGGAAAAAGAAGACGAUGAAAAUCUGUAUGGGGCCGUGUCUCUGCGCAUCAUUCAGUUAGAGAUAGCGGAGAUUCAGGAUCUUCUGGACAAACUCAGCGGAACCAACAGCAAUAACCAGCAGCUCAGAACAGAGAUAGCAGAUCAGCUCCAAGAUAUGAAAGACACGAUAGCAGAGCUGGAGAACUUCGACCACACAAUGGUGAUAUUGAAGCAGCGUGAGAAUCAGCGCAUCAAGAGGGACUUGAAACUGUGCGAGAAGGAGCUCAAUGCUACAUCACCACCCCCUACACCUUCCAUGGGCAACUGUGGUCUUGGUCAGAUGGUCAAUGUGUCUGGACCUAAAACCUAUUCCCUCACGGUAUACGGGACCUCUUACACUUUUGGCGCUUGGGGCAGGGAUGCAAAUCCAGCUCCAGGAGACGAGAACAAGUACUGGCUGGUGGUGCUGUCCAGCAGUAAUGUGUUUGGCCACUUUGUUCGCCAAUACAACAGUAUGAGUACGAUUUUAUUAGGCAUAGGACCUACAGAUACAUACAUAUCAAGCUCCAACCCCACAACUAACACAAUUCAGGGUCCAAACAUGGUCAUGUAUGGAAAUGCUCUUUACUAUAACUGUUACAACACACUCAAUGUCUGUAAGUUUAAUAUGACGACUCGCACUGUUAGUACCGUGGCUCUGCCUAAUGAUGCAGGUUUCAACAACAAGUUUCCGUUUGCACAUCUUGGUUUAGCAUACGGUUAUACGGAUAUGGAUUUUGCCGCAGAUGAAUCUGGCGUAUAUGUUAUCUAUACAACAACAACCAACUUUGGAAAUGUAGUUAUCAGUAAAGUUGAGACUAGCACUCCACCUGUGUUGGGGCAAACUUGGUCAACAUCUCUGCACAAAAAGACCGUCACGAACACUUUUAUGGUGUGCGGCGUGCUGUACGCCACUCGUUACUUGGACAAAGAAACAGAGGAGAUCUUUUAUUCAUUUGACACCAAAACCAACACAGAGCGCUACGAUUGGAGAAUUCACAUCAAGAAAAUGCAGACAAAUAUUAAAUUUCUGAAUUAUGACCCGAGAGAUCAUCUGCUGUAUGUGUACAGUGAUGCCUACAUUCUUACAUAUGAAAUCAUGUUUCAGUAAAUUUUGAAUGAAGUUGGUAUAAUAAAUAAAAGUUGGAGAAAAUGAUUUCUCUUAAAUGUUCGUGAUUUGGGGGUUAUUAAAAUGACACCAUCACCUCAACACAGUCAGGGGCUUCCUGAUAUAUACUGUACUCACACUGCCCUCUGUUGUUUGUAUGCAAUACUGCCAUUACACUUACGUUGUGACAAAGGAACUACACUUUGGUAAAAAAUAAAACCAUUUAUCAUGUAGGCCUAAUUUCACAACCAAU